AUGCCAAAGAGGACUGCUAGUUAUCAUCAAGUCUUUACCGCUGCGAUCGGCCGCUAUGUGAUCUCUAUCUUUUCAACGCAUCUACAUGCUUCUAAGACCUCAGCAGUUCACACACUUAAACCCCUCUCGAAUGAUAAAGAUUGCGCGCAAUGGAAUCAGCUGGCAGUAUCCUUCAGGAUAAUUGCUCUGGUGGUCAUCAAAAUUUUCAUACGUAUUGGAGCUAGCGAAACUCAAGCUCGACUAUAUAAUACUUGUUACGCCGAACGACUCCCGAUGAACGGGUGA